CUUCAAGGCUCUUUCUCAACAGACAAGUGGUUCCAUAUGGUGAGAAAGUGAGAAAGAACAAUACUGCUGCUUGAUUCAAGAUGAAAAAUGAGCGGCGACAUAUCGAUGGCAAAAUGCGGUGAAAUCUGCCUGAGACUCAUCUUCACGAACCCGAUGUGAUGAAAUCAUGAAAAUCAGCUGGAUCAAACCCACUCUCAUUUGCCGCAAGCCCGCAAAGAACGCAGCGACGAGCUAUACCGGUCUCUUCUCACUUACACGCUUUCGUGGUCGAAUACGACUAUCCUCCACCAUGGCGCGCACCUAUGACAGCGCGUUGUCCCGCCUAUCAUCCCUGCAAUCCAAUCACGCAGUCACUUCCCUCUUCUCACCACCUCCCACGACUUCACCAAACAGUAGCAGCAACGGCAAACCCCAAGAUCUCAACGCGCUGGCAAUACCAGAAAUGCUCUCCUGGCUAUGCCGAGCCGGCAUGUCCCCCAGUGACCUGACCAAGCUGAGGUGCAUUCACGUAGCCGGCACCAAGGGCAAGGGCUCCGUCUGCGCGUACCUAACCUCGAUUCUGACACAGCCGGGGCUGCAUGCCACGGCCGGCAGGGUCGGGACCUACACCUCGCCGCAUCUGGUCUCCGUCCGGGAGCGUAUCAUGCUGGACGGGCAACCAAUAAGCCAGGAUCUGUUCACGCGGUAUUUCUUCGAGGUCUGGGACGCGUUUACAGCUUCGGCGCGGGCGCUGUUAGCUGAAGGAAGCGAAGAGGGUCAGAUGAGCGCAGAGGUGGAAGGCCCGAUGUCAAAGCCGUUUUACUUCCGCUUUUUGACUAUCUUGGCCUUCUAUGUCUUUAUAAAGGAGGGCGUUAAGACCGCGGUGAUUGAGUGUGGGAUUGGCGGAGAGUACGAUGCAACGAAUGUAUUGCCGGUCGAGGCGACCACGGCGAGUGUGGUUACGCAGCUGGGUAUAGAUCAUGUGGGGAUGCUGGGGCGGACUUUGCCUGACAUUGCUUGGCAUAAGAUUGGGGUUGCGAAGGAAGGGAGGAAGUGUUUUUCGAGAAGAUUAGGAGGCGAAGCCGGAGAGGCGGCCAUGAAAGUCAUGAGAAAGAGGACACAAGAGAAGGGGGCGGAGUUGGUAGAAGUGACGGAUGACGAGGUUGAGUCGUGGGGAGGUGUCAAGGCCGAUACCCUUGGAAGCUUGGACGGAGACUUCCAGAAGUUCAACCAGGCCCUUGCUGUGGCGGCUGCAAAAGCACACAUGGAAAGAUUGGGCGAAAGUGCAAUUGGGGCUACGAAUGCAUUAUUCGCGCAUCUACCCGAUGGAUUUACAAAUGGUCUUCAACAGGCAAGACUCAGAGGACGAUGCGAAACCCGGAUAGACGGCAAUAUCACAUGGCUCAUUGACGGUGCACACACAGCGGAAAGUCUCGAAGAAGUAGCUAAGUGGUAUUCGAGCAAGCAGGAGACUCUAGCCGGCAGCGAAAAGGUCCUGAUCUUCAAUCAACAAGACAGAGAUGCGGCCAAGCUGUUGGCAGGUCUCUAUGAUGGCAUACUUCGAGCCACUAGAACACCAGAUGCCCGGCCGUUUGACAGGGCCGUCUUCACCAGGAAUGAUCUACAAAAAAGGGGUGAUGAAGAGCCAGAUAGAGAUUUGUCCGUUCAGAAGUCGGCAGCUGACACUUUUGAGAGUCUGGCUCCGGGUACAGCGACUAGGAUCCACGAUAACAUGUCAGAUGUAAUUCAAGAGGUCAGAGAGCAGUAUAUGGGAGACAAAGCGCAGGGCAAGAAGGUCGUGGUUCUAGUGACCGGUAGUUUGCACCUGGUUGGCGCCCUCCUAAGGACUCUGAAACCAGACGCUCCCAUAUAGUGCCAGGCAGAGAUGAACAUGUUGACUUGUUCUCUACGGUUUCCAAAGUAAGAUUCAACAUCUAAUUUGGCACAACUUCAAUAAGUUCCGGUAAUAACAUCCGAACUUGCCAAAGAAUUAUGCCAUCUUCACAAGGAGGCUGUGAAGCCAGUCAAAAUCCUUCCCUGAUCCGAGGGAUGAGUCUAUACUUAUCGUUCCUUUUGGCCUAUCGCAUGGGGAUACGAUGUGCGGUCAUUGACAACAAAGACUUUGAUGUCACAGUAAACAGUCUUAGCCCCUAUUGUAUGCUUGUAGGUUCCAAGUGCGGAGUACGGGUACCAGUUUUGAGACAACGCUUCCGAAAGCGGAAACCCCUGAGGGCUGGCCAGAUCCGAUAGUACCGUAUAUACAAUUAUAGAAACA